ACAUGUGCAUUCCACGUUGGCCAACAGAAAGUGGCAGCUACCAACGAAGUACUAUAAAUAACACUGAGUCAAGCAUUUCCUCGAGCAGUUACUGUUACACCAAAACCAAUCAUGGAUUCCUUUCUUCAACUCUUCGUUGCAGUUUCCCUUGCGUUUAUAAUCUCUUUCAGAGCUUACAGAAAAAAAUCCCUCAGCACUUCGGGUGCUUUCGCAGGCUUCUUCGUUAUGGCCCUUCACUUUUUUGUCGGAUACAGGUUUGGCGCGAUGCUGCUUGCGUUCUUUUACUCUUCCUCCAGCCUCACCAAGAUGGGAGAGGAGAGAAAGCGAACAAUUGAUCCUGAAUUCAAAGAAGGUGGACAAAGGAACUGGAUACAAGUUCUGGCCAAUAGUGGCAUUGCCUCGGUUCUGAUUGUAGCUAUAUGGGUACUCACUGAAGGGCAGGAUAAAUGCUUGAACUCUGAAGACUCACCUCUGAUCACGUCUCUCAUUGGUGCUGUUAUCGGCCAUUAUUCCUGCUGCAAUGGAGAUACUUGGUCUUCGGAGCUUGGAAUUCUCAGUGAGGAUCAGCCUCGUUUGAUCACAACUUUCAAGACUGUGAAGAAAGGUACAAAUGGUGGUGUGACAAAAACAGGAAUUCUAGCAGCUGCAGCAGCUGGAAGUGUCAUCGGUCUUGCGUUUGUUCUUAUGGGACUCUCAACAACCACAUGUGACUCUAAUAUAUUUUUUAAGCAACUUCUGGUGAUACCCAUUGCAACCCUGGCAGGAUUAUGUGGUAGUAUCAUUGACUCUCUCUUGGGUGCAACAUUGCAAUUCAGUGGAUUCUGUUCCAUUCGUCGCAAGGUUGUUGCAAAGCCAGGAGCAACAGUUAGAAGGAUUUCAGGUGCCAACAUUCUUGACAACAAUGCAGUGAACUUUGUAUCAAUACUGUUGACCUCAUUUCUUACUUCAAUCGCUUGUUUGUACAUUUUCUAAAUUCAUCUCAAGAAGCGAUUAUGUGGUCGGUAGGUUCCAGAGUUUAAAACUUGUAUUCUAGUGCUGUUAGUUGUUCCUAUACAGACAGUUGUAUUCUCAUUCAUCGAUUGGAAAUGCCAACAUUCGAAUAAUAAAGAAACAUUUGCUACAGCAAUUAA